AUGUCUUUAUGUGUUCCAAACCUCAGUCCGAAACAGGAAAUAUGGUCGACUCUUGUCCUUUCUUCUUCCUGUAAGCACUUCUCUACCCAACUGUGCGGCUGACCCAAUCCAAAAUUUCUUGAAAGAUAACCAACACCUUCAUAAUUCUAUACCUAUUCUGAACAAGGAAUCAAGAUCACAACCGGUACAAGUUCUAGUUCUUUAGAAAUUCCAAAUCAAUUCAGCCUCAGAAAGUGCCAAGACUAGACUUCUCUCUUGUUUCCCUCUCGCUCUCCCUUUGUUUCUUCGAUUUCAACCCCUUCCACAAAUCGAACCCAAGAAUGGAUAGAAAAAGAGAGAUGGAUUACAGGUGUGUCCAGUGCGGGUUUGGGAUCAAAACAUUGUUCGUGCAAUACUCACCCGGGAACAUCCGACUCAUGAAAUGUGAGAAUUGCCAAGUGGUUGCCGAUGAGUACGUCGAAUGUGAAACCAUGAUUCUUCUAAUUGAUUUGAUUCUGCACAAACCCAAAGCAUAUAGACAUUUACUUUAUAACGUGCUCAAGCAAGAAUCUCCAAAAUUCAAGGGUUUAUUGUGGAAAUUAACUAUUGGUUAUCUUCUUUUGGAUGUUUACAGGUGCCUUGUUUUAGAAAGUGGUGAUGAAGAGUGGGGUUUGUCCACAAGCUUUUCUUCAUUAGUUUGGAUCUGUCGAAAGAUGUUCACAGAUGUCUUUCUCGGGAACUUCAUGUUACUUUUUACUUUUCUUCUUGUGAUGAAGAUAUAUCCGAGCAGAUGUGCUGGAACCCCAUGGUGCAAAGACUUUUUGCUUGCAAUCUUGGUAUCAAGUUACUUUAAGAUAUUUCUUGUUGCCAUGAUGGUCUGGGAGUUUCCAUCAUCGGUGAUUUUCAUUAUUGAUUUGUUUGUUUUAUCAUCCAACACCAUGGCAGUAAAAGUGAUAACUGAAUCAGGGAUGAGUAAAUGUAUAGGAGCCUGCUUCAUUGCGCAUGCUGUUAAGGCCUUAACCUCUCAGGACUCCUAUUCUCCUACCGAUGUAAUGGCAGUGGGUGGGAUUAGCUGGCGCGUAUAAUUUAUAUGUGAAUUCAAACUAGUCAAGUCAAUAUGAAAUAGAUUUGUAUAUUAUGUUAUCUGCCCAUCGAAGUUGAAUUGGCAUCCUGAUUCACAAUUUCAAUUUGUACUGUGCUCUCAA